AUGGCGCCCGGAAUCGGCAUCCACGAGGAUUCCGCGGCCGCGGUCGAGAAGGUCACUUCGCUGGCCCAGCUGACCGAGGACUGGGACGACACUCUCCGCUUCUAUGUGAAUGGAACCAAGGUCACCGUCGACACAGCCAACCCGGAGGUGACACUACUGGAAUACCUGCGCGGUAUCGGCUUGACGGGGACCAAGCUAGGAUGCGCCGAGGGUGGCUGCGGUGCCUGCACGGUGGUCGUGUCGCACAUGAACCCAACUACAAAGAAGAUCUACCACGCUUCCGUCAACGCCUGUCUGGCCCCGUUGGUGAGCGUCGAUGGGAAACAUGUCAUCACCGUUGAGGGGAUUGGAAAUGUCAAAGAUCCCCAUCCCAUCCAGCAGCGGAUCGCCGUUGGCAAUGGGAGCCAGUGUGGUUUCUGCACGCCGGGGAUUAUCAUGAGUCUUUAUGCCUUACUACGAAAUGACCCCGAGCCCUCGGAGCAUGAUGUGGAGGAAGCGUUUGACGGAAACCUGUGCCGCUGUACCGGCUACAGACCCAUUCUCGACGCCGCGCAGAGCUUCAACAAGACCAAUAACUGCGGCAUGGCCUCGUCGAAUGGAGGGUCUGGCUGCUGCAUGGAGAAGAAUGGCGGCGGCGGUUGCUGCAAAGGAUCCUCCGCGGGGAAUAAAGAUGGCGAUGAGAAGGUGGAAAUCAAGUUCCCGCAGCCGGAUUUCAAGCCCUACAAUCCCGACACGCAGCUCAUCUUCCCUGCAGCGCUGAGGAAGCACGAAUUCCGCCCACUGAUCUUCGGCAACAAGCGGAAGAAGUGGUACCGGCCCGUGAACAUGGAGCAACUGCUGCAGAUCAAGAGCAUUUACCCCGAGGCUAAGUUGAUUGGCGGUAGCUCGGAGACGCAAAUCGAGAUCAAGUUCAAGGCGAUGCGCUAUGCUUCCUCUGUCUAUCUGGGCGAUAUCCCAGAACUGCGGCAGUUCGAGUUCCACGACGACUACUUGGAGAUCGGUGCCAAUGUGUCUCUGACAGACUUUGAAAACAUCUGUGCGCAAGCUAUCGAACGGUAUGGGGCUGCCGCAGGUCAGCCCUUCGCAGCCAUCAAAAAGCAGCUGCAUUACUUCGCUGGAAGACAGAUUCGCAAUGUUGCCUCCCCUGCAGGUAACUUGGCUACUGCUUCUCCGAUCUCCGAUCUCAACCCGAUCCUGGUAUCUACGAACACGACUCUCAUUGCCAGAUCACUCGGAGGGGAAAAGCACAUCCCCAUGACCGAGUUCUUCCUGGGCUACCGCAAGACCGCCCUCCCUCCGGAUUCCAUCAUUGCCAGCCUUCGGAUCCCGAUUGCGAAGAAAGGCGAAUAUAUGCGCGCCUACAAACAGGCCAAGCGCAAGGAUGACGAUAUUGCCAUUGUCAACGCCGCAUUACGUGUCUCUCUCUCGGAGACAAACGACGUCCUCAGUUGUAACCUGGUCUUUGGCGGCAUGGCGGCCCUGACCGUGUCUGCAAAAAACGCAGAGGCCUUCUUGGUCGGCCAGAAAUUCCCCAGCCCUGCAACGCUCGAGGGCGUCAUGAAUGCAUUGGAAAAGGAUUUUAAUCUUCCCUUCGGUGUGCCAGGUGGCAUGGCCACAUACCGCAAAUCUCUGGCACUCGGCUUCUUCUAUCGGUUUUACCAUGAUGUGCUUUCUGGGCUGCAGGUCAAGUCAUCCGACCUAGACCCCGAUGUAAUUGCGGAGAUAGAAAGAGCCAUUUCUUCAGGCAAGCAGGACAACGAGGCUUCGAUCGCCUACCAGCAGAAAAUUCUAGGAAAAGCUUCCCCGCAUGUGGCGGCGUUGAAGCAGGCCACUGGCCAGGCCCAGUACACCGAUGACAUCCCUGUGCAGCAGAACGAAUUGUUCGGAUGCAUGGUUCUCUCAACCAAAGCCCACGCUAAGAUCCUCAGCGUCGAUGUCUCCGCCGCACUGGAAGUCCCCGGAGUUGUGGACUACAUCGAUCACAAUGACCUGCCCAAUGCCGCAGCCAACUGGUGGGGUGCACCUGUUUGCGAUGAGAAGUUCUUCGCGGUUGACGAGGUCAACACCGCCGGGCAGCCUAUUGGUGUUAUUUUGGGGCUUACGGCAAAGCAAGCCGAAGAAGGCAUGCGGGCCGUCAAGGUAGAAUAUGAAGAUUUGCCGGUGAUCCUCACCAUGGAGGAAGCAAUCGAAGCGGAGUCUUUCUUCGAGCACUAUCGCUUUAUCGUGGACGGCGAUACCGAGGCGGCUUUCAAGGAAGCCGAUCACAUCAUCACGGGCGUCUCGCGGAUGGGCGGACAAGAGCACUUUUACUUGGAGACACAGGCCUGUGUGGCGAUCCCCAAGCCGGAGGACGGUGAGAUGGAAAUUUGGAGCGGCACCCAAAAUCCCACUGAGACGCAAGCCUAUGUGGCUCAAGUCACCGGUGCUUCUUCGAACAAGGUUGUGUCUCGAGUCAAGCGACUCGGCGGUGGCUUCGGUGGCAAAGAAACACGGUCCGUUCAGUUGGCCGGUAUCUGUGCUGUCGCUGCACACAAGACGAGGCGGCCUGUUCGCUGCAUGCUCAACCGUGACGAGGAUAUUUUGACUUCUGGUCAACGUCAUCCAUUCCUCGGCAAGUGGAAGGUCGGCGUCACCAAGGAAGGAAAGAUUUUGGCCCUGGAUGCUGAUGUGUAUGCCAAUGGUGGUCACACGCAAGAUCUUUCCGGGGCUGUCGUCGAACGAAGCUUGUCUCACAUUGAUGGCGUUUACCACAUUCCCAAUGUCAACGUCCGCGGGCGGAUCUGCAAGACCAACACGGUUUCCAACACUGCCUUCCGUGGCUUUGGUGGUCCGCAAGGUCUGUUCUUUGCCGAAUGCUAUGUUUCCGAGAUUGCGGACCAUCUAAACAUUCCUGUUGAGGAGAUUCGCGCAAUCAACAUGUAUCAGCCAGGCGAGAAGACGCACUUCAACCAGAUUCUCAAGGACUGGUAUGUGCCCUUGAUGUACAAGCAGGUUAUGGAGGAGAGCAACUACAUGGAACGUCGGAAGGCUGUGGAGGAGUACAACAAGCAGCACAAAUGGUCGAAGCGAGGCAUGGCCAUUGUACCGACCAAGUUCGGUAUCUCCUUCACUGCGCUCUUCCUAAACCAGGCCGGUGCUCUUGUCCACAUCUAUCACGACGGCAGUGUUCUCGUCGCCCACGGCGGUGUCGAGAUGGGCCAGGGUCUACACACGAAAAUGACCAUGAUUGCCGCCGAAGCACUCCAGGUGCCCCUAGAGGACGUCUACAUCUCCGAGACCGCCACUAACACCGUCGCCAACACAUCAUCAACCGCUGCAUCGGCCAGCUCUGACUUGAACGGCUACGCCAUCUUCAACGCCUGCGAGCAAAUCAACGAGCGCCUCAAGCCCUACCGCGAGAAAUUUCCCGGCGCACCUAUGUCCAAGCUCGCGCACGCAGCCUACUUCGACCGCGUCAACCUCUCCGCGAAUGGUUACUACCGCACCCCAGACAUUGGAUACGUAUGGGGUGAGAACUCGGGCCAGAUGUUCUUCUACUUCACGCAGGGAGUGACAGCCUCCGAAGUACAAAUCGACACGCUGACCGGUGACUGGACUCCGCUGCGCACUGACAUCAAAAUGGACGUCGGCCGCACUAUCAACCCAUCCAUUGACUACGGCCAGAUCGAAGGUGCCUACGUGCAGGGUCAGGGCCUCUUCACGACCGAAGAAAGUCUCUGGCACCGCGCCUCGGGCCAGAUCUUCACCCGCGGGCCGGGCAACUACAAGAUCCCGGGUUUCCGCGAUAUCCCGCAGAUCUUUAACGUUAGCCUUCUCAAGGAUGUCGAGUGGGAGAACCUGCGCACCAUCCAGCGCUCCCGUGGUAUUGGCGAGCCGCCCUUGUUCAUGGGUAGCGCGGUUUUCUUCGCCAUUCGCGAUGCGCUCAAGCAUGCCCGCAAGGAGUGGGGCGUUACUGACGUUCUCUCUCCUUAUCCGAUUGUCGAGCGCGCGAGGGUGCAUCCUAAGGAUGGGGAGAAGAGCUUCUUUGUAGCCAUUUAG